CAUCCGUUCACUGUUCUCAGCUAAAAAUUCUACGGCAACCUGAAAAAAUAAAAUAAAAAUAAAAAUAAAAAUAAAAUAAAAAAUCGUAAAAGAAAUCCCGUCGGCUAUUAUUCUAAUACGCAAUCAUAAUUCUAGGGUUUCUGAAGCGACGGCAUGUCGGUAUAAAACGAGAAUUUAGGGCAAAUAAUUCUUUCUUUUUGGAGAAUGAUCGAAGCUGAGAUCCAAUCGAAUAUCGCGUAGGUAGGAGCUUGAUCUGAUCAGCUUGCGAUGGGAUCCCGAACUUCGAAGCUGAGAGCUUGCUGCUGGGGUUCUCAGUUCAAUUCGACUGUUCUAGAAGCUCCGGAUGCUGAGAGCGAGGAGAAAGGGGAUGGAGGAUACAAUCUGCCGCAGUUUCAGGAGUACAGUUUUGAGCAGCUGAGGCUGGCGACGUCGGGAUUCGCGGCGGAGAAUAUAGUGUCGGAGCACGGGGAGAAGGCGCCGAAUGUUGUUUAUAAGGGGAAGCUUGAUGCUCAGAGGAAGAUUGCGGUGAAGAGGUUUAAUAGAUCGGCGUGGCCUGAUCCUCGACAGUUCUUGGAAGAAGCAAAAUCUGUAGGUCAGCUUCGGAGCAAUAGAUUGGUGAAUUUGCUUGGUUGUUGUUGUGAAGGUGAAGAGAGGCUGCUAGUGGCAGAAUACAUGCCUAAUGACACUCUUGCAAAGCACCUUUUUCACUGGGAAACACAACCCAUGAAAUGGCCAAUGCGAUUGAGGGUGGUACUUUAUCUGGCUGAAGCAUUAGAAUACUGCACUAGCAAGGGGCGUGCUCUUUAUCAUGAUCUCAAUGCUUAUAGAGUUCUAUUUGACGAAGACUGCAAUCCUAGGCUUUCAUGCUUUGGACUGAUGAAGAAUAGUCGGGAUGGUAAAAGUUAUAGCACAAAUUUGGCAUUCACACCGCCGGAGUAUUUGAGAACAGGAAGAGUUACACCUGAAAGUGUGAUAUAUAGCUUUGGUACACUGUUACUUGAUGUGCUCAGUGGCAAACAUAUCCCUCCUAGCCACGCUCUUGACUUGAUAAAAGAUCGCAAUUUUCAUAUGCUAACAGAUUCCUGUUUGGAAGGUCAGUUUUCGAAUGAGGACGGGACAGAAUUAGUUCGCUUAGCUUCUCGGUGUUUACAAUACGAGCAGCGAGAGCGACCCAAUGUAAAGUCCUUAGUUCUUGCGUUGACUCCUCUUCAAAAGGAGAAUGAGGACCUAGCAACUGGGAUGAAGAUUGGUUCGGGGCAUGAGAGAGGAGGUAUGUACUAUUUGGACGACAGUGUGCCAGAAGCUGGCCUUGUUGCAUCACAGUCUGACUCCACUUUAUUAUGGCACUGGUGUCUGGGUCAUCCUUCACUACAAAAACUUAGAUCGGUCCCUUCAUAUGUCUUAAUGGAUAUGCCACAUGGAGGUGCUUCCUCAUUAGAGUCACUCUCUCUUUCUCCACUAGGUGAUGCUUGCUUCAGAAUGGAUUUGACAGCAAUUCAUGAGAUUCUAGAAAAUACUGGUUAUAAAGAUGAUGAGGGAACCACAAAUGAGCUGUCCUUUCAGAUGUGGACCAAUCAAAUGCAAGAGACAUUGAACUCAAAGAAAAAGGGUGAUGCUGCUUUUCGACAUAAAGAUUUUAGUACAGCAAUUGACUGCUAUUCACAGUUCAUUGAUGUUGGAACCAUGGUCUCUCCAACUGUUUUUGCGCGUCGUUGCCUGUCUUAUCUGAUGAGUGACAUGCCCCAGCAAGCUCUUAAUGACGCAACUCAGGCUCUAGUGAUAUCUCCAACAUGGCCAACUGCAUUUUAUCUUCAGGCUGCUGCCCUUUUCUCCCUAGGACUGGAAAAUGAAGCUCGGGAAGCUUUGAAAGAUGGCUCAUCCCUUGAAGCUAAAAAGAAGUGAUGGGUGGAUCCUGAUGUUUGGCGACCUAGAAACACAAAAUUUGAGGUUUUAGGCACAACUCUUCAGGUGACGGGGGUUCUCGUAAUCUCGGUAAAUAUUUGACUCGCCCCUCCAUAUUGUAUCAUUGUGUGUAUAUAUGGAAGCAGCGACCGAAGCUUGGGUACACAUCCUUGAAAGAAACAAACGCGAAGUAAUAAGUCCUCAGUUGGCAAGCAAAAUAGGAAGGACACCAUUCUUUCGUGCUGAAAUGUGGAAUAUUGCUGUUUUUAUGACAGGUUGCAGUGUAUAUGUUUGUUUCUUAUGGUGAAUUAUGUGGUUUUUGCAGCAGUUGUGAUGAUUUUAUUUUGUGGGUGGUUUUUCUUCUUUCUUGUAAGCUUCUUGUAUCAAACUUUUUCUUAUUUUCAUUUCAAUAGUUGUUUAUUUGGAGAUAUGUUCA